UAAGUCUACGAGUACCCCCAAAACUAUUUUAUCCUAUUUUCUUUCUAAUCCGCUUUCAUCUCUCAAACAGACUGCGGAAUUGGAGUUUUCUUUUCUUUUUCAAAAAUGUUUUCUGCAGUGAUAACAUCACCUCCUGCUCAAUCAUCACUCCUCCAUUUCUCUUGUUACCCCAAAUUCCCAGUUUCAAGACUAAACAAUCAAUUUAAAAGACACCCAAAUCUCCCCCCUUCUUUUUCAGUUGAGAAGUGGAAACCAUUGGGGUUUUCAACUAGGAAGACAUCUGCAGUUUCUGAUAGAAGGCUUAGUUCUAUCUGCUACUAUAGCGGAAAAGAAGAAUCUAACAGGAAUUCUCCAGGAAAGGAAACUGAGGAGAAAUGGAAAAUUCUCAAACGAUGGGAUGUGCCUUGGAAAUGGCAAACAGUUUUUCUUACAAUGGUUGCAUGCGGAUUAAGUUUUGUGUUGACAGGACUGGUAGAGGCAGCACUAGUACCGUAUCUAGGUUUGAACAUCGUAGAGCUUAGUUUGGAUGAGAAGGCUGAAAUCUUGUUUCUGGACCAAUCCAUCGCCACUGCAGUUGUACUUGGAGUUUUGUAUGCUUUAACAAACACUUUUCGACCUCUUCCAGAUGACAUCUUCAGUUACGAUUUCAAGGAACCCUUCAAUCUACAGAAGGGGUGGCUCUUGUGGGCAGGAAUUGGUAUUGGUGGUGCCAUCGGUGCCAUUGCACUAACAGGUGUUGCUAUGGCCUUGUUUAGCAGCGGCAACCCAGAAAGAGAUACAGAUGCUCUUGUUCGCUUACAACCGUUGAUUGGUUCUUCAGGUAUUAGUACUGCUUGUCUAGUAGGCAUCACGGGGGUUUUGGCGCCAGUGCUUGAGGAGACCGUGUUCCGAGGGUUUCUGAUGGUGUCCCUUACUAAGUGGUUUCCGACACCAGUUUCAAUCCUUUUAACAGCUGCAGCGUUUGCUCUUGCUCAUCUUGCUCCUGGAGAGUUUCCCCAGCUCUUUGUUUUAGGGACCGCGUUGGGUUUCUCAUAUGCUCAAACACGCAAUCUUUUAACACCCAUCACAAUACAUGCAAUCUGGAAUUCCGGUGUUAUCUUGGUUCUCACCUUUCUUGUGCUUCAAGGUUAUGAUAUCAAGGAAUUAUUGCAGACAUCCUGAAACAAGGUUACGGAGUUCUAUUAACUCACUCUUAAACGAGGUAUGGUACUGACCUGAGUUUACAUUGAACUAAAAAUGUAAAACUGAGGAUAAUAGAUAAAUGUGAGUCAAGGACAGCUGAGAUGGUGUAAAUUGAGCACGUAGAGGAGAUGGUGGUCCAUUUACCUGAUACCUCUUUUUGUGUGUAAAGUGCAUGAAUCAGUGUGUGGUACAAGUUACCUAACCAUUAGCCUAUAAGAAAUUCAUUUGUAAUGAACUGAAUCCCCUUGGUAUAUGAAUCAACCAGAUUGGUUUUUCCGUA